UGGUUCUGUAGUGGUGGUGUUGAGGUAGAGAACUGGUGUAUUUCUAGCUGGAUAUGGAGGACACCACUAUACGUUUCUUAAGAAUUUAUUUGGCCUUUCUCAGUCUCUGUGUCCAUGGUCAAAUUGGAAGUGUUGAUGGCUUUGUCCGCAGUGGAGGUUAUCCUGGAUCCUAUGAGGCUGGUACCCCUUUGCAGGAUGUUGUGAAACCACAAAAUUCCAGCUGGUAUGGCCAAGGAGCUGUAUCUGGUUCCAUUGAGCCUCUAAGAUCCAAGAAUAUCCCUUACAGUGCUGUAGUUAGGGGUGUAUAUAGCAGUGCAAGCUAUAGCCCUCAAACAGUCUCUUUUGGCUCUGGUCCAGUGACAAGUGUUCAUAUGUUUGGUUCUGACUCCAGUGCUAGAAACCAACUUCAAGGUUCUCCGAUAUCUUUAGCUGGUAGUGGCCAUCUUGUUUCUGGUUCUGUGGCAACUGCAUUGGGUACAAGUGUGAACCGUGCGUCCGUACCCCAGCUAGCACGGUUCAGUUCUCAAAAUAUUGUGCAGACUAGUAGGGAGUCCGUAGUGUCUAGUAGACAGCAACCAAUGCAGACCAGCUCCCAGUCCAGUGACCAACAGCCAUUUAACAAACCCCAGAAAGGUAGACUUGCGCAUGUUGGUUCAGAGUUCUUUUUUGGUACUAGGCCAGUCCAGACUUCAAGUUCUGGUUUUAUAUUCAAGCCUGUGCAGUGACAAAAUCCGUCCUCCCUACCU